AUGGCCUCAACUCGAUCAUCCCAAGCCAAAAGAAAGACACCCAACCGCUUUCAAUCAUCAAUCUCAGCCUUCAAUAAACAAGGAAAACAGCCACCCACCACUCGCACCAAGAAAGCAGCUGCCAAGUCAACAUUAUCCAAAAAGAAAUCCUCCAAGUCCAAAAAGCAACAAACUAGCAAUUCUAGCUCCCAAGGCCAUCGAUCUCCGAGCCCAACCCAAACUCAAGGAGCACAAAACAAUCCUGACCCAGAGAGCUCUGACUCCACCUCCAACUCCUCCUCCUCCUCUGACUCAGACUCUGGAUCACCUUUGAUUGGAUUUACCUUGGAAAACUUUCAAACUAAAUUGUCCUCUUGGUCAGCAAACCAACUUCGAAAAACCUUGCAGCAGAAGAAAAACCUCUCCAAUCGCGUUCCAGUCGAUGUGCAAGAAGCCUUGCAAUUGCUUCAACAAAACUAUCUCAAGAGCAAACUUAUGCUUGCACUCAUUGGAAAUAUCGGUGAAAAAACUGUCAACAAAUACCUUGGAGAGAACAAGCCUCCUCGAAAGAAAUGCGGUUGGAACCGGUAUGUUGCCUUCAGCCUUGAAAGUCUGAAGCAUCCUGUUCCACCCAAGGGUACUUCGGAAGGCUGGGAUGAAAGGAACAUUCAGAUGGGUAAAGCUUGGGAUUUGCUAACAGAUGACGAGAAGGAGGUCUUUGGCUCCAGGGUAUUCCAACACUUUUCGAAAAUACCAUGUGGAUAUGAUGAUGAAGAGGACGAUGAUGACACAUCAGGCCAGUUGACUCCGGAAGAAAUCGGUCUUUACGAACCACUGUACCAGUCUUUGGUAAACCAUGAAAAAGUCAAAGCAUUUACUGCAAACCGACCUGAAAGCGAGGGUCAAAACACUGGCGAGGUAUACAAGAAAGCUUUAAAAAAUGUUUUAAAGCUCAAUUCCGAGCUGUACACUACUUCGAACAUGUACAACACCACUUAUUACCUUCUAUCUGCAACGCGAGCCCCUGGAAUCAACAGCUUCUGCAAAGAGUACUCCAACGAUCCCGCCUGGCUUGCACUUGCCGAAAAACGAUGGAACUCCAAAGAAACAUUUGAAGCUUAUAGUCAUGGACGACAAAUACAGGCCAGCUUGGAAGAUAUCGAAGGAGGGCCAGCUUCAUCAAAGCCACUCAGAGAGGGCGAUACCUUGAAAAAAAAACUCAGGGCUGCACUGAAUCGACUCUUGGCCAAUGCCCUCAGACUUCCCAAAGCAACCUUUCCGAAAAAUGCUGACCCAGCUAAAUCCAUUUUAGAAAAGGAUUCCGAAUUAAGAAUAGUCCAGUCAGAAGGCUCAAGACUGAGCAAAGAUGCACUUCUGCUUGGUUUUGAAAAGAUGCAAAAAUUAGAUAAGGAGAAAUGGAUGGCUGAUAUUGAAAGCGGUCACUUUAAAAUUGAAAUAGUUCAAAGUAGUUAA